CCGACCCGGCCCAGUCUGCCACGGACGGUGGUGGUCCAUGAAAAAACGCCUAAUCGUGUGUGCGUGUGUGACGAUUUCGAUUUGCUAGGAACCCUACUCCGCCUUCGUUUCGGUUUUUAAUUUUGUUUCGCGAGCGUUUUUCACUUAAAAAAUGCUGCCCCCGGCAUAGCAAUGGCCAUCGCACGAAAAGAGUGAAACCAAACAAAAACAAACCAAUUCCCCAGCUCCGCAGAGGAGGCAGAAAAACCCUGCACAUGCCCCCUGUUCCAGCAGUGCGCGCGUGUGUGUUACGUCAAACGGUUGGUGCCGCGGGCGAAGGAAGAUGAAUGUGUUGUCGGUGGCGGAACGAAGAAGAACGCAUCGGGUGUUUAUUUUCCGUUCCCUGCUGUGCGGCGUGACUGUCGCUGCCCGUGACUCCGUGUGUGGUGUGGUAGAACAUUUGCCCCAGCAGUUCGGUCGCAUCCGUAGCACCUUUCCGUCGGUGCGCCGAAAGCAGCGUGCCCUGCCGUUGUCCGACCAGCACAAAAGAGCGCGCAAUUGAACGAACGAGCGAAAUCGAAAACCCCAGCAGCAGCGGCGGCCCGCGUCUGUGUGUUUGUGUGUAUAUUUGUGAGUGAGCGUGUGCGUGUGUGCAUCCGCGUUCGUGCUUAACGAAACCUUCGCGAAGUGUCAGAGCGGUGCGCCGCCGUGGUCGCUUGACGAAAACGUCAAACCCAUAUUCAUCCAUCUUUACUUAACGAAGUUGUGCAGUUGCGUCCGACUAAAAAUGGGCAGUGGGUUCGCGACGGAAGAAAAUGGCGUCUGCCAACUUUUUGGAGGAAGCUCUUAAAUCAGACGUCGACGAGUCCGCGGUGAAUGCGAUUGUCGGUACGCUGGAAAACCAGCUGGACGUGAACACGAACCAACCGCCAGCGGCAGGAGUGCAACAAGUCGACGGUGGGAAACGCACCGAAACGACGGCCGUCCUGUCUAAUGGGGGCACGGCGACUGGUGCCAGCAGCAAUCGCAGUAGCAGUGCUUCACCACCAACAGCAGCAGCAGCAGUGUCGAAGAAGCACGUCGUCGUCGGCGGCGGCGGCAGUGGCCUCAUUACGAAUGGUGAAAUAGUGUCGAAUAAUAGUGCGAACCACGGUGGCAGUGCUAUCAUUAACAACAAUACGAUUACGACCAACAACAACAACCUUGGCAAGACGUUCGUGGUGAACGCGAGUGUGCACAGCUCGAUAACGUCCUCGACGACGACGACGGGCACAGUGAUCGGCGGUGGUAGUGGUGGUGUGAAAACGGUUGUUGGCGGCAGCGCUAAUAACCAUAAUAGCGUUGGUAGUGUGAGUGUAUCGUUAUCGAACAGCAAUAAUAAUAAUAGUGGUGGUGCUCAGCAGCAACAGCACCAGCAGCAGCAGCAGCAGCAGCAGCAUCAGCUGCAACGUAACGCGCACCCAGCAACGGUGGUUGCCACGGGGGGUACAACCGGCGGCGGAGGCGGCGGAACCGUCAACAUCAUCAGCCAGCAGAUCGUGGUGCCUGCGCGCAGCGGUAGCGGCACUACCGUCGUUGGCGGCCAGCAGCACCACCAGCAUCCUCCUCCUCCUCCGCCGUUCAACGUCCCGCCGCAGCAGCCGACGAACGUCAGCAGCAGCGGGAACAUCGUACUGAGCAGCAACGCGCACCACCACCACAUCGUAACGUCGUCGAAUAUGCCAAAGAAUGAACCAGUGAAGCUGGUUUAUCCUGCCGGCGGUCCACAGGCGGUGCUCAACAUGAACAACAACCGGGUCACGCUGACCCCGUCCUCGCUGCCGAACGGGGGCACGCUCACCAUGUCCCAGCAGCCGCAGCUGAUCCAGACGAGCGUUGGCGGCGCGAAAACGCUGACCGGCGCCACGAUCCAGCAGCACCAGCAGCAGCAGCAGGCGACGGUCGUAAACCAGGCCGGCCAGCAGCAGCAGCAGCAACCGGGGCAGCAACCGGGCCAGCAGACGAUCAUCAUCAAGAACGCGUCCGGCGGCAACACGGUCAUGAAUGCCGGGGCGCCCGGCAUCGUGACGGUUUCGAAACCGAUGAACAAUCAGGCAACACCAAACAUAGUCGGUUUACCCGGUGGUGUACAAAUUGUAAAUGUUAGACCCGGCGCACAACCCACACAAGCACAGCAGAAAACUGUUGCCGCUGUAUCACCUAGAGUUGUCAUUGGUAGUCAGCCAAUAGUUAGUACUAGACCACCAAACGCAAGCGCUAUCACUUUAAGUGCCCUUCAAGGACAGCCGGGUUCGACGCUGCUGCUGAAGAAUGAGCAGGGCCAGUUUCAGCUGCUCCGGAUCGGACCGGCCCCCGCCGGUACCCAAAUCACGCCCGCCGGUCUGACGGGGUCGUCCGCGAAUCAGACGAUACGGUUGCAAACUGUACCAGCUGUAAGUAGGUUUACCGGUCCUCCAUUAGCCCUCCGCAAGACCAUUGUCACCAGUGCGCAACAGGUGAAACAGAAGCAAAAUACACAUUCAUCCGGUUCCGGUGCAAUAAUAGUAAGCUCUCAGUCGAUAACGACGACCCCGGCCAGCUACAUCUCGACCCAGCCGACGCCGGUCGCAUCGGUCGCGCCGGUACCGGCCCUGGCCGCGCAGCAAAAUAUCACGAUCACUCACUCGCCGUCCCAGGUGGGAGGGCAACCGACCGUGCUGGCGGCACAGCAGCAGCAGCAGCAGACGACGACGGUCGUCGCAACACCUCAUUCCGUGGGCCAACAGCAGUCGCAGCAGCAGCAGCAGCAGACGGUGGUGGUCACUACCACGCCCGGCACGACGCCGGCCCAGCAGCGAAACUCCUUAGAUAAUACCAAAGAAAAGUGUAGCAAAUUUUUGACGAACCUGAUCGAACUCUCCAAGCGGGAACCGGCCAAGGUGGAGCAGAAUGUGCGAACGCUGAUACAGGAGUUGGUGGACGCGAACGUCGAUCCGGCGGAGUUUUGCGAGCGGCUCGAGCGUCUGCUGAAUGCGAGUCCGCAGCCCUGCUUGAUUGGAUUUUUAAAGAAAAGCUUACCACUGCUAAGGCAAUCGCUAGUGACUAAAGAGAUAACGAUCGAAGGUAUCAACCCGCCCUCAACCGCUGUAGCAUUCGGCACUACCGCCUUAUCCCAAAUUCCUGCCCAAAUACGCCCGGUCGCACCGACGAUCGUGUCGCAGAACAGCAUGGUCGGCCAGACGCAAAUCCGCAUGCUAACCUCUCAGUCCGGCGUGACGACGGUGCCACGCAUCGGGCAGACCACCAUCCGGCCGGCGGCACCCGUGCGAAUACAGACGCCGCUGCAGCAGCAGCAGCCCGGCGGCACAACGACCACGAUCGUGGGACCACGCUCCAUCACUGCCCAGCAGAUCCGACCGAACGCGACCACGAUCGGCCACACGACGAUCGUGCAGACGGCGGGCGGCCAGCAGCUGCCGCAAACCAUCUCAACCACACCCCCUGCAUUGCUACCGAUUCGCGCACCAUCGGGCACCUCGAUUACACGUACUGGGGCGACGUUACAGAUACGCACCACUACGCCGGUGUCGCGCACGGUCACGUCCGUCGGCGGCACGACGGUGACGACCGGCGGGCUCGGCAAACAGCUCCUCCAGUCGCAGGUCAAUCAGAUCCGGGGCCAGACGCCGGUCGCCUCGGUUGCGGCCGUCGCGGCCGCGGCGGCAGCCGCCGCCUCCGGCACGACCGCGACGCAGGUCAAGCAAGUGACAGCAAUUACCGGCGGCGGGAACGUGGUGGUCAGUUUGAACCAAGUGCCACCACCGAUGCAGCCAGUCUCAGGGAACGCCAGCAUCAUUGGCGGCACGGCCGUCAGCCUGGUGCCAACGAUGCCCGCCCUCACGCUCACCUCGUCGGCGGUCAGUGCCGUCGGGCUGAGCGCCGCCGGCAUUGUGUCCUCCUCUUCCGCUUCCUCCUCCUCCGCCUCCUCCUCUUCCUCGGCAGCGACAACGGUGGGGCCGCCCGGUGGCAUUUCCGCGACGGUAGUGGUGAACUCCGUCCCGUCAGCCACACCGGCGGUGGCGUCCGCGGCGACUCCACCCACGGGAACUACUUCGAUCGGCACGGCAGCAAGCGGCGUCGGUGGCGCGUCCAGCAGCAGCAGCAGCAGUGCUGCGACCGUCACGACCGUAUCGACUAAUAAAACUGUUACCGCUAAAUCGCAGAACCUCUCGGGGGCGUCCAAGAAGAAGGCUGGGGCGGCGUCGGCCGCGAGCGGCCCGGACGCGGAGAGUGCGGCGAGCAAGCGGGCGGGCGCGUCGGCCCAGUCGCAGUUCUACCACCACCACGCGUCCAUGUACGGGGACGACGACAUCAACGAUGUGGCGGCGAUGGGCGGCGUCAACCUGGCGGAGGAAACGCAGCGCAUCCUCGGGUCGACCGAGUUCGUCGGCACGCAGAUCCGGUCGUGCAAGGACGAGGUGUUUCUGCACCUGCCCGCCCUGCAGUCGAGAAUACGGGCGAUCAUAGCGCGGCACGGGCUGGAGGAGCCGAGCAACGAGGUGGCGGUGCUGAUAUCGCACGCCUGCCAGGAGCGGCUGAAGAACGUCGUGGAGAAGCUGGCCAUCAUUGCGGAGCACCGGAUAGAUAUUAUCAAGGUGGAUCCACGGUACGAAGUCACCAAGGACGUGCGGGGACAGAUAAAGUUUCUCGAAGAGCUCGACAAGGCGGAGCAAAAGCGGCACGAAGAGCAGGAGCGUGAAAUGCUGAUGCGGGCCGCGAAAUCGCGCUCGAAAACGGAAGAUCCGGAGCAGGCCAAGCUGAAGGCGAAGGCGAAAGAAAUGCAACGUGCCGAAAUGGAAGAGCUCCGGCAGCGAGACGCCAAUUUGACCGCCCUGCAAGCCAUCGGGCCGCGAAAGAAGCCCAAGCUGGAGGAAGGUGCCUCGGCAUCCACCACGCCCGGUGUGUCCGGAAUCGGUACGCUAAGCGGGAAGGCGCCCACCCCGCUGCGGCCGCGCAUCAAACGUGUCAACCUGCGUGAUAUGCUGUUCUAUCUGGAGCAGGAGAGGGAAACGGGCAAAAGUCAGAUGCUUUACAAAGCCUACCUCAAGUGAUCGAUCGUGCUGCUGUCGCCGGUGGAGGCUAGGGAACGGAUCAGGAUGAUGAUGAUGAUGUUGCUGAUGGUGCUGUUGAUCGAGUUCCUCCAGCGCAGGACCCUACCACACCUGCACACACUUGCUUCCACACCGAUGGCGGCUUCCGUUACACAAACGUGUCUGAAUGUUGUGUGUAUUUUAAGGGCAACGGCAGUGUGGCAGGAGCGUGUAAAGUCUCCGAAUAGCAGCUGCAAGGAAUUGUUGGAUUCAUCUGGCAAAAAUGUAGAUUUUUUUCUCUUGCAUCCAUCAACAAAAUCCCAACGAGAGACGAUUGUGGAAAGUGUGAAGGGUAGACAAAAGGAAGAGCUAGAGCGAGUGAAAGAUAGUACACACAUAUGUGGUUCCGAUCGUGAAUAUCGAUCGAUCCAAACACCAAGCAGAGCGAAGAGCGAGGGACAGAUUCAUCUUGCAUGUCUACUUGUCCUGUCGCGCAUCAACCAGCUAGCAGCUAGGGGAAGAGAGGCGGGUUAGGAUGCGAACUGAUUUUCUAUGUUAUAAACGAUAGAUUCCUAACCCUUCCUUGUUUCGGAGGAGAGCGUCUUUAGCCAGUCCAGAGGGUCGUAAAUUCAGCGCGCCAAGGAAAGGAUUUUCUAAUUAGAAAUCCCCUGUCACUUCCGCAAAAGGGAAUUAAUUUUAGAAGAAAAUGAAAUUCAUAGUUCAUUUUACAGUGGCGCCCUGUGGUUGCAAAGAAGAGAGAGAAAGAGAGAGCGAGGUAACGUGUUGGAAAGCAAGCUCUAUGGUGUGUGGGUGUGUACAGCAGCCAAGAUGGAUUUAUAAUUUCCCUGCAGCAGGAAAAAGGGGAUGGUCUGUCUCUUCAGGCAAAAGCCUAUUGCAAACCGCAGCCGAUGGCUAACAGUGGCCGGCUAAACAGUUUCUGAAUUAAAACGGUCCAAACCUUUUAGGUUUUGCGCUGUGUAUGUUUGUAUGUAUGGGCGUGUGCAAGCGCGCGUGUACGAUUUUGUUGUGAUGGUCAUAUGUCAGCUCGCAGAUAAUCCGCAGCUUGUGAUAUGAAACGGGCGUGUGCGUAUGUGCGAUUGAAUGAGUGUAAAUACAAUAUAAGAAUAAGGUCUCUUGGCGCUAACCGGUAAUAGAAAAAGGGGGAAUAAACUUUAACGAGAAGAAGAAAAAAAAACAACCAACGUAUGCUAACUGCUAAACACAGUCCUUUUUUUUAGUUCAAUGUGUUCGAUGAGAAGAUUAGUUUCUAUGUGUUUGUUGUACAUUUUUUGCGUAGAUUUCGUUUAGAGCGAGAGAGAAAGUAGCUUUUUUUUAAUCUAAUAUUUGUUUCCAUUUUUCCUAUUUCGUUUGCUUUUUUGAGUUGCGGCGUGUUUCUUUCGUCAAAGAACAGGGUCAAACCUCAAGCCCCUUUUUCUCCCCUUGCGCGAGGAACGGUUGUCCUGCUAAUCGCGCAACAAAAAAUGCAACGGUUAGACUAGUUAAAAUGGCGAAAAUAUAUAAGAUAACAACAGAUAAAGUUGCCAAUAUCAUACAAAGAAAAAGGAUAAUUUUCUCCCUGCUCCACGCACGCUCCACGUGGGUUAAAAUACGUUGCAAAUGGUCUAUUGCGUGCGUGUGUGUAAAUGUUCAGCCGGAAAGAGGGUGAUGGACCAGUAAUCUAAAAAAGAAAAAAAAAGACGAAAGAGAAACGCCCCGCAUACCAGAUUAGCAAGAGUGAGGAGAAGGAGUAAAAGUUCAAUUUGGAUGUGUUAUCCUCCAAAGUCGCUGUUACGUUAUUUUUUGUUUGUUUUGUUUCUUAAAUUGUAAGUACGACAUCCAUGCAAAAUCCGGCCCUCUCCCCCCACCCUUAGGUGAGAUAAACACAAACACUAACGAAUGUACGCAACAGCCAAGAGAUGAAAUCGCGCUCUGGGAUAGGUUUAUUCUUAUUUAUGUGAAUAGGUUUCCAAUAGCAUACAUGUGUUUGUGUGUGUGUGUGUUGGGACGAUUAAAUCUAAUUUAAUUGUGACAUUUCUAAAUCAAUGCAUAGGGAAGGAAGGAUAUGCUAAAAACAAAAAUCUUUUAAGUGGAAAGAAUCGGUGUGACAAAAGAGAAAACAAAUAAAAAUCUGGAAUCACACACUAAAACCCCCCAUGCACGGGAAAAAGAUGUAGACAGCGCUCUAGCGAAAGGCGUCAUAUCCCGUUAAGGAAGAGAUAUAGUAUAGUAAAAAAAAGAAAAGAAGGAAAUCAUUAACACCCACGGUCGUACCUUGCGUUCGUUCUCCGUUUUUGUUUUGUUUAUAUUCAUAUACAUACACAUAUAUAUAUUUUAGACUUUUAACGUAUGCAAUUCAAUUGAACACGAUCGAUCGAUCGUGUGCGAGAUCGCUGUACACUGGGGGAGCGCAACGCGUGGAGGACGGUGGAGUAAAGUAGAUGUGGAAGUUAGUGUAAUGUAUUGUGCCGCGCACGCCAGAAUGCAGAAUGGAGCAAAGAGUGAAAAACAAACGAGAAAAACGAUCUACGGAACUAAAACAAACUUUCGGUUUAGAUGAAAAUAAAGUGAAAACACGAGAGGUCGGAAAAGAACAGAAAGUUGAAAACUGAA